GUGGAUAAGGCGUCGCGGGACGACGAGGGGCGGAGAAACGGCGGCGGCCUUGCUUGUCGGAGGUGGUAAAGCUGCGCCAUUUUGUCCGCACUCGCGUGAGCUCGGUGAUUGGGCUUCGUUGGUCGGCGCUGGAGCCAAUCAGAGGGGAACCGUGCGGCGGAGAAACGAUCGUUGUCGUCGUCGUCGUCAGCAGCAGCAGAGUGAGGUGACGUGGGCAUGGAGCAGUACACCACCACCACCUCCACCACCGGGGAGCAGAUUGUGGUCCAGGCAGCCAGCGGGCAGCUCCAGCAGCAGGGCACAGUGACCGCAGUGCAGCUGCAGACUGAGGCCCAAGUGGCACCGGCCUCUGGCCAGCAGGUGCAGACUCUCCAGGUAGUGCAGGGUCAGCCCCUGAUGGUGCAGGUCAGCGGAGGCCAGCUGAUCACUUCCUCGGGGCAGCCGAUCAUGGUGCAGGCCAUGCCUGGAAGCCAGGGCCAGACCAUUAUGCAGGUGCCUGUAUCAGGGACGCAGGGUCUGCAGCAGAUCCAGCUCGUCCAGCCGGGGCAGAUCCAGCUCCAGGGGGGACAGGCGCUUCAAGUGCAGGGCCAACAAGGUGCCACCCAGCAGAUCAUCAUCCAACAGCCCCAGACGGCCGUCACCGCCGGACAGACCCAGGGCCAGCAGCAGAUCACGGUGCAGGGCCAGCAGGUGGCGCAGACGGCCGAGGGCCAGACUAUUGUAUACCAGCCGGUCAACGCUGACGGCACCAUCCUGCAGCAGGGAAUGAUCACUAUCCCCGCGGCGAGCCUGGCAGGGGCCCAGAUCGUGCAGGCCGGCUCUAACACCAACACCAGCACCAGCGGCCAGGGCACCGUGACAGUCACCCUGCCGGUAUCCGGCAACAUGGUGAAUGCCGGUGGCAUGGUGAUGAUGGUGCCCGGCGGCAACACCGUGCCCUCCAUCCAACGCAUCCCGCUGCCUGGCGCCGAGAUGCUGGAGGAGGAGCCACUCUACGUUAACGCCAAGCAGUACCACCGCAUCCUGAAGCGCCGGCAGGCCCGCGCCAAGCUGGAAGCCGAGGGCAAGAUCCCCAAGGAGCGCAGGGUGAGCAGGGGCGCGGGCAGGAAAUAUCUGCACGAGUCACGACACCGGCAUGCCAUGCAGAGGAAACGCGGUGAUGGCGGCCGCUUCUUCUCACCCAAGGAGAAGGAGGAAAUGGCCCUUGCCCUACAGGGCCAACAGGAUCAAGUCCAAGCUGCGGACGAGACCGUGAACCAGAUCAUCCGUGUGUCGUAACACCAGGCUGCCUGCCUGUGUGUGUGUGUGUGUGUGUGUGAGAGAGAGAGAGAGAGAAUGAGGGGAUUCCCCCAAUGUUGGGCGCUCAACAGCAACUCUGAUUUGUUAUAAGGAAACGUCCCCCGUUUUAGUGAAUGCAGAAUGCUUAUAUUUUUUAUUUUUUGAUUUAAAAUGUGGGCACACUUUAGCUUUUUUUUUUUUUUUUUUUUCCCCCCCUUGCCUCUCCCUCCCUUUUGUAGCUCCCAAAAUCGGUACGGCUGCUAUGUCAGAGUGAUCCAGAACUUGCCCUGAAAUUGAGGAGCUUGCAACCCACUUUACAAAUGAUUUGGUCUGAUCUUCCAAAGAAACAGCAAUCAUCUGAUUUUCAUUUUCGACGUUUUGCCUCUUCAGCUUCUCUGUUUAGGGAGGGAGGAAAAGCUUAAGACCACAAUGCUCAGUAUGUCACGGGAUGCGUGACGGGGUCGUGAUGAAAUUCUACAGAUUUAACGCUAGUGUUAGUGAAAUGUCCUGUACUUGUGUUCCUGUGGUAUUAAGUCUGUGUCAGGGCUGGGAUGGAAGUCUGAGAUCCCGACUUUCUUCAUAGGUGGGGCUUACGUCGUAGGAAAGCAUAGCUGCAGUAACUGGCUAUUUUGUAAUCUUAGUGUUGAAUAGUUUCUCUCUGUAAAGUAUAAUUGUGUAACAUUAGAAUAUUUUUCAGUUCCUCAUUAAAUUAUUUAGUCAGGAGGUUUUGUGUUGAUGGUUUUGCAUGACAGCCCUCCCUUUUUGUAUAAUUUUUUAAAAAUCUUAGUACCCAGUGCUGACAGACACAUGACAGACACACGUGUCUGUUUCAUUCUUCUGUUGUGUGUAGGAUGGGAAGCAAAAACAGUUGUAGAUAAGAUUUUUUUUCUUCUUUCAUUUGUAUUUCUCAUAACACCCUCCCAACCACCAGGCAUGUAAAUGAAAGUGUCCCACAACAAAGUCAGUUAUUAGGGAUUGUGUCCCACACCAUUGGGGGCAAAGAAGCAGCACCACGCCAAUUUGUUUCACAUGUUUUGCAAGUUUGCUUAUUCCUUUUCAUUCUGAGAAGCAAUAACUCUGUGAUUCUAUUGGCAAGGAUUUCUAUCACCUUUUAACCACUCUCAUCUGUAUCUGUCUGAAGCAGUUGUAGAAAAUUACUUUGAACUUUGAAAUUACUUUGCUACAUACCGAAUCACUGGUAGCGGUAGUGUGUUUGCUCAGUAAAUUGGCAAUAUGGCAAGGGCUUUUGCAUGAACUUUGUAAAAAAAAAUAAAAAAAAUAAUGUCACAUGGUGGGUAGGGUAAUGUACAUACAUUUCUAAUGUAUAUUGUAUUGGUUUUUCCUCCAUGCAUGAAUUAGUAGAAUAAAAUGCAGGAUUGUGUACUACAUUCUGCCAUUAAAAGAGCUUUUUUAUUUUAUA